AAAAUCAAUAAGCACACGUUUUGGGGCAAUCCAUCCAUCACAAACUCUUCUAUAAAUUUGUCUAUCUACAUUCGCCUUCAAAUGGUUCAAAUUUCAUUACGAAAAAAAAACCCCACCUUUUUCUCUUCUUUUCUAUCUUGAUUCUUGUAGAAAACUAGAGAAAAUCUGAGCAGCCAUGGCAAAACCUUACCAUUAUUAUCUUAAUCACAUAUUAAUACCAAUAUUAAUGGUGUUUUUUCUCUGUUUUAUAAUGACUGAAUCUGCCCCUCAAAGUUCUAUUGUCACUCAACUUCCUGGAUUUAAUGGCACUUUUCCCUCUAAACACUACUCUGGGUAUGUGACAAUUGAUGAGAGUCAAGGGAAGAAAUUGUUUUAUUACUUUGUUGAAUCAGAGAGAAACCCAUCAGAGGAUCCUGUUGUUCUUUGGCUUAAUGGAGGACCCGGAUGCUCGAGUUUCGAUGGCUUUGUGUAUGAGUAUGGUCCUUUUAAUUUUGAGGCAGCAAAGACAAAAGGAGGCUUGCCAAAGUUGCAUAUUAAUCCAUACAGCUGGUCUAAGGUUUCCAAUGUAAUAUACUUGGAUUCUCCAGCAGGAGUUGGGUAUUCUUAUGCACAAAACAUUAGUGAGUAUGAUACCGGGGACCUUAAGACCGCCUCUGAUUCACAUACAUUUCUGCUCAAGUGGUUUGAUAUCUAUAAAGAGUUUGUGGCAAACCCAUUUUUCAUCGCGGGUGAGUCUUAUGCUGGGAUUUAUGUGCCAACCCUUGCUUCAGAUAUUGUGAAAGGACUUGAUGCUGGUUCAAAGCCUGUUAUCAAUUUGAAGGGUUAUUUGGUAGGAAAUGGUGUUACAGAUGAAACCUUUGAUGGAAAUGCUUUAGUGCCUUUUGCACAUGGAAUGGGCUUGAUCUCUGAUCAAUUAUAUCAGGAGGUUGUCACUCAGUGUGAAGGAAACUAUUACAAUCCGAGUUCUGAUAGUUGUGAUGCCUUGCUUUCAAAAGUUAACCAGGACGUUGAUGGAUUGAAUAUAUAUGAUAUUUUGGAGCCUUGUUAUCACUCCCCUGACUCAGGUAUGCAGAGUACUGCUCAUCUAAGACUACCUUCGAAAAUUUCCAGCUUCAAGGCAUUAGGAGAAACUGAAAGACCUCUUCCUGUGAGGAAAAGAAUUUUUGGCCGUGCUUGGCCCCUCAGGGCUCCUGUGAGAGAUGGACGAGUUCCUACCUGGCCAGAAAUUGCUAACAGCGCUUCUGUUCCUUGCAUUAAUGAUGAAGUUGCAACUUCGUGGCUGAAUGACAAGGCAGUGAGAAAAGCAAUUCAUGCUGAAGAGGAAAGUGUGUCGGGUCCCUGGGAACUCUGCACAGGCAGAAUUUCAUUUAACCAUGAUGCUGGAAGCAUGAUUACAUACCAUAAGAACCUCACUUCUCGAGGUUAUCGAGCCCUCAUAUACAGUGGAGACCAUGAUAUGUGUGUUCCAUACACUGGGAGCGAGGCAUGGACAAAAUCUGUUGGGUACAAAGUAGUAGAUGAUUGGAGGCCAUGGGUUUGCAAUGAACAAGUUUCUGGGUUCACACAGGGAUAUGAGAAGAAUCUCACUUUCCUUACUAUAAAGGGGGCAGGACAUACGGUACCAGAAUACAAACCGCGAGAAGCACUGUACUUUUAUAGCCAGUUUCUGGCAGGGAAAAGUAUAUAAAGUAUUUCAUGUUAAUGAGAGUUGAACCUGACAAAUAAACUUCUGUAAAAUACAAUUUGAAAGAAAUAUAUAUGGUCAUGAAUCUUAAGUGCAUACUUGUGUAUGUAUCUGUUAA